AUGUUUGUCUCAUCUCUCAUUCUUCUCGCAGGAGGCGCGGCAAUGGCUGUGGCAGAUGGAUGCCACGGCGACAACCUCCUCCGGGCUAUGGAGCGGCACAACGGGACGAUGUACUGCUCCAUGCUCCUGAACUCUGGUGACGCCACUGGGACGCCGGGUUUACCGGAUCCUAUGCCGACGAGUUAUCCCGCCCUAUCCGUAACAUCAGCGUGCUCUUGUCUUCUCAGUCUCGACCCAACACCUCGAGCACCUUGCCACGCAAAUGCGACGGCAACGCCGGCAGCUGAUUACUCUACUGAAGUCGAUGAUCCCGGAGCAACUAACGCAGCAUCAGCCACGGCAGCCUCGGAUUCCCAUACCAUUCCAACAGCCCACGCAACUUUCGAAGGGGGUUACUCUUAUUCCUUCCCCGGCCCAGCUAUCCCAUCCGAGACAGCGUCGACGUGUGGUUGGGGCGAGGUGACCGCCACAGUUCAAGUCACAGAAACGCAAGUCAGCACGAUCUAUAUCUACAGCUCCGAGAUCCCAAACCCAAGCAGCGCGCAGAGUCUUUCAUCCGUGAGUGACGGCGACAGCGGUGGUCGGCCUGUCCCGCUUUCCACGACGAAGACUAUCACCGGCGACGCUAGUGGGACUGCAUCUGGGUUCGUGUCGACUAUAACGUUGAUCGGAGACUCUACCGUUAGUUUGCCCACGCAACCUGGGACGACGGUUGAAUCGACGGCAGCAGUGCCAAGAGUGAUUACGAUUACCAACGGGAACUACACGACAGUCAAGACGGUUUUUGGGAGCGCCUCUGAGCCGAGUUCUACAAGGUCCAUGGUGGGAAUCACUUCGGUUAUCAACGGGGUUACGACGACCAUCACUGGAGCUCCUGGAUCGUCUUCUUGGAGUCUGUCUUGGCUUUCUGGCACUACUGGUGCUCCGAGCCAACAAACAACAGUCGGUACGCCCAUUGUUCCACCUGCAGUUACCACAAUCACGAGUGAUGUCGGCGGGGUGGCAUCGACUUGGGUCGUUACGCUCGGCAGAAGCACCAGCAGCGGCCCUUUCGCCAACAGCAGCACACCGACUCAACUCCCGACCCCAGAAACCACCCCGGGUGCCUUCACUGUCUUCACGAGCAUCAUCAAUGGGGAUGCUUCGACGUGGACCGUGAUAGGUGGCUCAACUCUUGUCGGUUCUCCCAACUCGACCUCGCUCACGUCCACGCCAAGCCACUCUCAAGCUGCUGAGGUUAGCAUCAUCACGAGCGUCAAUGGAGGGGUUGCUUCUACCUGGACGGUGAUUGGAGGCACAACUGUUGGGAUUCCGUCAAAUGGGAGCGCAGUUCCAACGCCUACUCUGACUCCAUCUGCAACAGAGACUGGCGCAUUCAGCGUAAUCACAAGCGUGGUUGGUGGUGUUGGCUCAACUUGGACGGUCAUCGGAGGUUCAACCCUCGCUAGAUCUCCAACUUUUAGUGCUACCCCCUCUAUCAUCACAAGCAUCAUUGACGGUGUUGCUUCGUCGUGGACUGGCAUCGGAGGCUCUACCAUCUCCGUGAACCCCAGUGAGAUAUCACCGAGUCCGACGGUAUCUGGGGCAGCCACGGUAAUCACGAGUGUGAUAGGAGGGGUCGGGUCAACCUGGGUUGUUAUUGGAGGCUCGACUAUGGUGAACCCAACAAAUGCCACGGGCUCGACUCCUACACCGGCCACAACUGGUGAUGUAGUUGUUGUCACGAGCAUAAUCGGAGGUGUCGCCUCUUCAUGGACGGUCAUUGGAGGCUCAACAGUCAGUCCAGUGCCAAGCGCUACGACUGCUUCAUCUGAUCUGCCACCUGGUGCGAGCGUUGUGACCAGCAUCAUCGGGGGAGUGGCUUCUUCAUGGACGGUGAUCGGUGGCUCUACCAUCAGUCCGAUUGCAAGCCCACCUUCUGCUUCGGGCGAACUACCACCCGGCGCAACUGUCAUCACGAGCGUUAUUGGGGGCAUCGCCUCGUCUUGGACAGUAAUCGGAGGCUCAACCAUCUUCGCUUCGUCCGACGCCACAGCAGGGUCUCCCACGGCAACCGCUACUCCGACAAUCAUUACUAGUGUCAUUGAUGGUGUGGCUUCAACGUGGACAGUCGUCGGCGGUUCGACCAUUUUUGGUACCCUGACGCCAGGCUCUUUGAGUCUGAUAACACCGACAGCUAUCAGCCUGACCGGCGGCGCCACGUUCGUGAGCACUGUCAAUGGUACAGCCUCGACAGCAGGUAGCUCAUCAUCCACGACUGGGUUUUCAUCUGCGCCGGCGAGUACCUCGGCGACCUCAACCUCAAUUCAUGACUCCGCUUUCACGGGUAUCUCGGUCAUUGUAGCGCAGAAUGCGACUUCGUGCUACGCCCUUCCAACACCUACAGCAUCGCUACAUGAGUCUCUCCUGAACGUCACUAACCGUACUCCUCCGUACAUCGACGCGUUCUACCUCAAUGAGACUACGCACUCCGUUCAGUACCUCCGCCUGAUAGACAAUGCCACCAACCCAGUUCUCGUCGACGUCUCCGACCCAUCAAGACUUGGAAUCCUUGACAAAGCCGGCAACGUGCUCUCCAUCGACAGCGAGGGUUUGCACUUUGCCUCGGCCAAUUGCUCACCCAAGAUUGAUGUCUUCAUCUCUGGUUUCUUCCAGCAACUGAACACCCUGACAAAUUCGACCUGUACAAACACUACUGAUAUCCCAGUAAACGGCACAAAUCCUCGCCGUCUUCCCGUUUUCAAAGGGACGUUGGCCGAGAUGGCACAAGACGCAUUCGACAUCACUCUCCAUCUCAAAGACCAGUGCGGUAAUCCUGCCCGUGCUGAUCUGCCAGUAUCAGUCGCGCUAGGUGAUACCCAAUGCAUUGUUCUCCCAGAUGCCACGGGAGACUUUGUCGCGAAUUGCGCAUUCCCGGGAAGCGGGAGCGAUUCCAUGGAGUGUGAGACGUCUGUUCAACAGACUCUGGAUCAUUUGACGCAGGGAUCUCUGGUGGGGAGUUGUCCACCUCUCACGUCGGUGUGGAGUCUGCUCUUCCAGCAACUCGGCAGUGUUAUCAACGUCGACGAGCUUCUGCAGCCCUUCAUCGAUGCUGGAUUACAACUUGGCUCUGAUGCCGGCAAGGGAAUCCUGGCUGUCAUUGACAGCUUUAUGAACCUUUACGAUUUCUCGGCCGCAACGUUCAAGAACUCGACUUCGGGCUCUGGAUCGGGUCUAGGUGAUAUUGUUGAGGGAUACGGUGUCACAACUAUCAAGACGGAAGUCUGCCGUUCUCUCAUCUCGACUGAGACGUUGAACCUCACUUUCACGGCUGGAACCUCCACUACACCCAUCUCACUCGCAAACAUAACGGCCCUACCCUCAACAGGCUCAGAGUACGAGCGCAACAUCACGGACCCGACAGCACUUGCAUGCUGCCCGAAUGCAAACGCUUGCAUCGUGCAAGAUGGAGAACGGUUCUACCCACCCGAAGCCUCCAUCCCUGACUCUGACUGCCUCUGCGGCAAGACUCUAGAGGGCGGGGGUAUUGGAUUCCGGACGGGUAGAUGCGUUGGGUAUGAUCAGUGUAACGCGACAUCGCCCUGUGCUGGAGGUGACCGAUACCCUAUUCGAGCGAUCGGGUUAGCCCUCAGCUACAUGGUCUACAUGCGUAUCAAGUUCUACAGGUCUACCACUACUAUCACAUACCGACAAUACAUGCAAGUGUUGUUAUCAAGUAUCGACAAGCAGAACCCACACAUUAUCUCUCCAACCAUGUCUAGUGAUUCGCAGUUAACUAGGGCGAUCCUCGUUACUGGUGCAACCGGCAAACAAGGCGGCGCCGUGAUUGAUGCACUUCUAGAGUCCGAAACCGGAAGCACCUACAAGAUCAUCGCCGUUACCCGCAAUGUUGCUUCUUCUAAAGCCAAAAGCUUAGCAUCUCGUGGGGUCAUUGUCAUUCAGGGCGAUCUCAACGACGUUCCCGCAAUCUUCUCUGACGCCAAAGCAGCAUUGAGCUCUUCUAAUACUGAGCUUUGGGGCUUAUUCAGUGUACAAACGGCCAUUGGCAAAGGAGCAUCGGCAGAACUCGAAGAAGCCCAAGGCAAAGCGCUAGUUGAUGCAGCUCUAUCCAACAACAUCAAGUUCUUCACAUAUAGCUCCAUCGACAGAGGCGGAGACGGCUCAUACGACAACUACGUCCCUAGUGUAUCUCACUUCGUCAGCAAAUAUCGCAUCGAGCAUCACCUGGUUGAGAAAGCGCGCGGCAAGAUGGACUGGACUAUUCUUCGACCUGUUGCAUUUAUGGAAAACAUGGAGCCGGGAAUGGGCAUCAAGAUCAUGGCUACAUCAUGGCGAGUCGCGGUCAAGGAUAAGCCUCUCCAACUGGUUUCUGUCAAGGAUGUAGGACGAGCCGCCGCGAAGGCAUUCCUUCAUCCCCAAGAAUUCGCCGGCAGGCAGAUUCCUUUGGCUGGUGACGAGCUUACGCUGGAAGCUGCUAGUGCUAUCUUCAAGUCUAAGAAGGGGACGGAAAUCCCAGAGACGUUCCAGUUUCUGGUUAGAUUCCUGCAUUGGAUGAUCCCCGAGUUCGGCGCCAUGUACAGAUGGUUCUACACUGAUGGCUUUGGGGUCGAUAUCGCGGCUGUGAAGCGAGAGAACUCCGGGAUGCUGGACUUUGGUUCUUGGGUGGAGAAAGAAUACGAUCAGGAUGGAAAGCGAGUUUGA